AUGCUCCCGCCGCCCCCGCGCCAGCCGCCGCCCCAGGCGCGUGCGGCCAGGAGCGCGGUGCGCCUGCAGCGGCCCUUCCUGCGCGGCCCCCUGGGCGUGCUGCGGCUGCUGCAGCUGCUGGCCGGCGCCGCCUUCUGGAUCACCAUCGCCACCAGCAAGUACCAGGGUCCGGUGCACUUCGCGCUCUUCGUGUCGGUGCUCUUCUGGUUGCUGACCCUAGGCCUCUACUUCCUCACGCUGCUGGGUAAGCACGAGCUGGUGCCUGUGCUAGGCUCGCGCUGGCUGGUGGUCAACGUGGCACACGACCUGCUGGCAGCCGCGCUCUACGGCGCCGCGACGGGCAUCAUGAUCGACCAGACGCAGCGGCACAGCUACUGCAACCUCAAGGAUUACCCGCUGCCCUGCGCCUACCAUGCCUUUCUGGCUGCCGCCGUCUGCGGCGGCCUCUGCCUGGGCCUCUAUCUGCUCUCAGCAUUCUAUGGCUGCUGCCGCCGCUGCCAGGGCAAACAGGAGGUGGUGUGAGGCCGCUCGCGUCCGCCGCGGUCCCGAUCGGGGUGGGGGACCCUCCGGAGACCAGCGCCCCCAGUCCUUCCUGCUGCCGCUGCCCCGCGCCGGUGCGCCCUGGCACCCUCCCCUGCGUUUCCACUGCCACUGGCGCCCAUGAAGCCCAGGCGCAGUUCCCGCCAGACAACAGUGCUACAGCCCAGAGUCCAAACGUCCGCGCUGUACGCGCCGUCUCCAAGUCGGACACUCUCAGCCCGGCCAUCAGGAGGCGAAACCUUGCGGUUCCUCUUUCUUUUCCCAGCGGAGAACGAGACGUGGACAGGCGCCGCGUAGAUCCGGGGGAGGCUUCCAAAUUGGAACCAGCCUAACAGCUGCUCCAC